GGCUUCCCACAAGAACACAAGGCGUCUCAGCUCUCUAAUCUUAACUAAGCACGAAGAUGAAGAACAAGAAGACACUAAAAUGGCUUCCUGGCUUGCAUGGUUUUGCUUCCUUCUUCUUCUUCCUUCUCAUCAGCUCAGCACUAGCUCUGGCACAUCAGACUGGCAAUUCUGACGACACAAGGAUUGAUUGCGGAGCAAGAGAGAAUUACACAGACCCGAAAACCAAAUCUUCUUACCAGGCAGACGAUGAUAGAUUCGUUGAAUACGGGGAAGCACACAUGGUAUUGUCGAAUUACAGUAAAGAACAGAUUGGGAAGGAGCUGAAGACAUUAAGAAGCUUUCCAGAAGGGCAAAGGAAUUGCUACUCAGUGCCCGCACCAACCAAAAACACGUACUACCUCGUACGGGCAUUCUUUGCAUAUGGGAACUACGAUUAUAGAAGAAGAAUGCCAUCGUUCAAUUUGUCCAUUGGUGUCAAUUACUGGGCGACAAUUAACCAAGCAGAUGGAGACAUUGCACGUUUCGAGGUCAUUCAUGUGUCUCCAACUGAUGAUGACAUCAACUUAUGUCUUGUAAACACGGGCCAAGGAACACCCUUCAUCUCAUUGUUGGAAGUACUGCCACGGUGGAAUUCUAGGUAUGAUCACACAGCUUCGGGUUUACUAAUUCUCAUGUCACGCUCCAAGCUGGGUAUGUCUGAAGAUGCUACUUACAUCAGAUACCCAGAUGAUAUCUAUGGAAGGUCCUGGUUCAAUAGACAAAUGGGAAACACAGUGCGAAUCAAUACGUCUAUGGCUAUUGACAGCAAUACGGAUGAAAAUACUUUCAAACUGCCAAAAGAAGUGUUGAGUAGUGCUGUUCAGCCUGGCGGUGCUAAUUCUUCCCUGGAUAUCAACAUGGAUUAUCCAGAUGGUGAUUACUAUGUGUACCUUCAUUUUUAUGACUUCGAGGAUAAGUCACAGAAUCAGCAGAGAAAGAUGGUUAUUACUUUCAGUGAUGGGCUAGCAUCCACUUGGCUUCGCAUUCAAUAUUCAAGUGUAUUGGGAGUUGCAUUUGAUUUUUACGUCAUAUACUACUUCUGA